ACUCAUUGUGUCUGUGUCGAGGCGUCAGGAGGGCCUGGAGCUGAGCGCGGCGCCCUUCGGCCGGCCUGAGCCCCAGAGUCAACUCCCUUUUCUCGCCCAGCGCCCCCAGCCGCUCCCGGGGCUCACGGAAUAGUACAGAAACAGAUACCAGACAUCUCACAGGACAGAAAGGAGCACACACGAGCACAAACCCUGUUGGGAUCGAGUCAGGUGCCUGAGCCUGAAUGAUGACUGCUGAGUCGAGGGAAGCCACAGGUCUGUCCCCCCAGGCUGCCCAGGAGAAGGACGGGAUCGUGAUAGUGAAGGUGGAAGAGGAGGAUGAGGAGGAGCACAUGUGGGGGCAGGACGCCAGCCUGCAGGAGUCUCCCCCGCCCGACCCGGAGAUCUUCCGCCAGCGCUUCAGGCACUUCUGUUACCAGAACACCUUCGGGCCCCGAGAGGCCCUGAGUCGACUGAAGGAACUUUGCCACCAGUGGCUGCGGCCCGAGAUCCACACCAAGGAGCAGAUCCUGGAGCUGCUGGUGCUCGAGCAGUUCCUCUCCAUCCUGCCCCGGGAGCUCCAGGCCUGGCUGCAGGAGUACCGUCCUGACAGCGGGGAGGAGGCUGUGACCCUGCUGGAGGAUCUGGAGCUGGAUUUGUCAGGACAGCAGGUCCCAGGUCAAGUUCAUGGGCCUGAGAUGCUGGCAAGGGGGAUGGUGCCUCUGGAUCCAGUACAGGAGUCCUCGAGCUUUGACCUUCCUCAUGAGCCCGCCCAGUCCCAUUUCAAACAUUCAUCUCGGAAACCCCGUCUGUUACAGCCUCGAGCUCUCCCUGCCACCCACGUUCCUGCCCCUCAUCCUGAGGGGGCUCCCAGAGACCAGGCGAUGGCAUCUGCAUUGUUCUCGGCAGAUUCCCAGGCAAUGGUGAAGAUCGAGGACAUGGCCGUGUCCCUCAUCCUGGAGGAAUGGGGAUGUCAGAACCUGGCUCGGAGGAAUCUCAAUAGGGACGCCAGGCAGGAGAAUUAUGGGAACGUGAUUUCCCAGGUAACUCUCAAUCAUCUGUCAGUGAAAGUUUCAGUUACAUUUACUGAUGCCACAACCAGCCUCUCGCCCUCAACCCUGUUACUUGAGCACAUCACCUCUCUUCUCCCUGGUGGAAAGAAACCGUUUCAUGUGUCUGAAGGUCCACGUCACCUGCCAGAUUGUUGUUGUGAAAACAGGAAUGAGACUGAGGAGUCCACCUCAAAGGCUGAAAGUGCAGAAGACUCAGCAUCACGUGGGGAGACCGCAGGAAAAUUCCAGAAAGAUGUCGGAGAAAAGCGUGAACAGCAGGGCAGAGUGGUAGAAAGGCAGCAGAGAAACCCCGAGGAGAAAGCUGGAAAAGAAAAGAGAGACUCGGGGCCAGCUACAGUCAAGGAGAAAAAACCCAGCACAGGAGAGCGAGGCCCGAGGGAGAAGGGAAAAGGUCUGGGAAGAAGCUUCAGUCUGAGCUCAAACUUCACCACCACUGAGGAAGUUCCCACGGGAACCAAGUCCCACAGAUGUGAUGAAUGUGGAAAAUGCUUCACACGGAGUUCAAGCCUUAUUCGCCAUAAAAUAAUCCACACUGGAGAGAAGCCCUAUGAAUGUAGUGAGUGUGGGAAAGCCUUCAGUCUUAACUCAAACCUCGUCCUGCAUCAGCGCAUCCACACAGGAGAGAAGCCUCAUGAAUGUAACGAGUGUGGCAAAGCCUUCAGUCACAGUUCAAAUCUCAUUCUGCAUCAGCGAAUCCACUCUGGGGAGAAACCCUAUGAAUGUAACGAGUGUGGGAAGGCCUUCAGCCAGAGCUCAGACCUUACUAAGCAUCAGAGAAUCCACACAGGGGAAAAACCCUACGAAUGUAGUGAGUGUGGAAAAGCUUUCAACCGAAACUCAUACCUUAUUUUGCACCGGAGAAUUCACACCCGAGAAAAGCCCUACAAGUGCACGAAGUGUGGCAAGGCCUUCACCCGGAGCUCGACCCUCACUCUGCAUCACAGAAUCCACACCAGAGAGCGAGCCUCAGAGUACAGCCCAGCCUCCCUCGACGCGUUCGGAGCAUUCCUGAAAAGCUGGCCAGUGAGUCAGGAGUACCUGAAAUACGAGUUUGAGAUCUUCCGUCAGGAACUAAAACUCAUCCGUCACUUGUUCGUCAACCAACAGCCCAAGCUUUCGCUGCGGGGCAGGAACCACCGGCGCACCCGAGACACCGAGAUGCAGAAAAGACCUCCCGAGUUCCUAGAGGGGCUGCUGCGGCCCCUCUCAGCGCUCCGCAGGCGGAGCUAUGACGUACUUCCGGUUGCGCCGGCCGCGCCCUCAAGAACCAAUAUUCCUGCUCCACGGAAUCCUGUCUGCAGUGACAGCUGUUUCUGGAGUACCUCCGAGAUGAAGGUGCUGGGCAUGACCACAGUUCUGGGCCCUAGGCCUCCACAGGAGCAGGGGCCUGUGAUUGUGAAGAUUGAGGAGGAGGAAGAGAAAGGGAAGCGCCUUCCCAUGGAGAUAUUCCGCCAGCGCUUCAGGCAGUUUGGGUACCACGACACCCCUGGCCCCCGGGAGGCACUCAGCCAGCUCCGGGUGCUCUGCUGCGAGUGGCUGCGGCCCGAGAUCCACACAAAGGAGCAGAUCCUGGAGCUGCUGGUGCUCGAGCAGUUCCUGACCAUCCUGCCCCAGGAGCUCCAGGCCUGGGUGCAGGAGCACUGCCCUGAGAGCGCCGAAGAGGCCGUCACUCUCUUGGAGGAUCUGGAACGGGAGCUGGAUGAGCCGGCACCUCAGGCUUCCCCACCUCCCCGUGAGCAGAAACGGUCAUGGGAGAAGAUGGCACCCUCAGGAGCGGCAGAGGAGUCCCUGAGCAGCCCGCAGCUAGAGUCUGUGGAGACCAGUCACAGAUACGAGUCUUGGGGGCCCCUCUACAUCCAAGAGACUGGUGAAGAGGAGAAGUUCACUCCAGCGCUGAGGAAGGUUCGAGAUCGUAAGUCGAAGACCCAGAAUGAGAAAUCAACAGAUAAGGAGGGAAGUUCUGAAGAAUCUCAUGCAGAAGGAUUCAGAAGGGAUACACUUCCCAUGAUUAUCGCCGAUAAAUGUGAGGCCAGGUUAGAAAGGCAGUGGGUAAAUCCAGAAAAGGAAAGAGGAACAAAAACCCCUCUCCAAGACAAAGGUUCUGCUAAAGGUAGAGAAGUAGUGACUAAACCCGCCCCAGGAGAGAGACGUUAUAUAUGUGCUGAGUGUGGGAAGGCCUUUAGUAAUAGCUCCAACCUCACUAAACACCGGAGAACACACACUGGGGAGAAACCAUAUGUGUGCACCAAAUGUGGGAAGGCUUUCAGCCACAGCUCCAACCUGACCCUUCACUACAGAACACACCUGGUGGACCGGCCCUAUGACUGUAAGUGUGGGAAAGCCUUCGGUCAGAGCUCAGACCUCCUUAAGCACCAGCGAAUGCACACUGAAGAGGCCCCUUACCAGUGUAAAGAUUGCGGCAAAGCCUUCAGUGGCAAAGGCAGCCUCAUUCGCCACUACCGAAUACACACCGGGGAGAAGCCCUAUCAGUGUAAUGAGUGUGGGAAGAGCUUUAGUCAGCACGCGGGUCUUAGUUCUCACCAGAGACUCCAUACUGGAGAGAAGCCGUAUAAGUGCAAGGAGUGUGGGAAAGCCUUCAACCACAGCUCCAAUUUUAAUAAGCACCAUAGAAUCCAUACUGGGGAAAAGCCCUAUUGGUGUAGUGAUUGUGGGAAGACCUUCUGUAGUAAGUCCAAUCUUUCUAAACAUCAGAAAGUCCACACUGCAGAGGGAGAAGGGUCUUAACUGUCGGGUAUGAUCUCUUGGUGGUUUUUGUUUUUCUAACUUUAGAACGUGAAUGCUAGAGACAGCCCAAUAAUUGCAGAGUUAACUAUGGAGUAGAUUUUGUUUGUUUGACUCAAUGUCAAGGGGAUGGAG